UCUGCAAUGCAGUCCAGAGAUGCAGAGUGCAAGAAGAAUUAUUCUAAAUAAAAACUCGGGAAAUGCAAACUUUUGAAUACUUGCGGAAAGCGCGGGAGAUCCAAGUAAAUACCUCAAAGUGCAGGGUGUCCAAGAAAACUCACCCUCGAGCUACGUCGUCGUUUCAAGAAACACAGAAGCCUUGGUUCAGCGCGAGCCAGCGCGAGCCCUAACUUAAAAAAGUCGCUCACUCUGUGUCUGUGCAUUUUCGCGUCUUCCUCCGGCCCCAAGCCUUUGGUCUUCCUUGCCUGCCCAGUGCCCACAAUGAAGCUCGUCAGAUUUUUGAUGAAGCUGAACAACGAGACCGUUUCAAUUGAGCUGAAAAAUGGCACCGUUGUUCACGGAACUAUAACAGGCGUGGAUAUCAGUAUGAAUACACACCUGAAGACGGUGAAACUUACAUUGAAGGGAAAAAAUCCAGUGACUCUGGAUCAUCUAAGCGUAAGGGGUAACAAUAUCCGAUAUUAUAUCCUUCCUGACAGCUUGAAUCUUGAGACUUUGCUGGUUGAAGAGGCUCCUAGGGUCAAGCCCAAGAAGCCAACUGCUGGGAAGCCUUUGGGACGGGGACGCGGCCGUGGACGUGGGCGUGGGCGUGGACGGGGUCGCUAAGUCAUGCUGCACUGAUUUCAAUUUUUGUGGCACCUGUUUAUGUAAAACACCUUUGUUGCGCGGAGCUUGUAUUUUGAGUUUGUGGUAUUUUCUUAAACAGGGCUAUUAGAGAAGUUGAAAUUGAUCAUCUCAGGAAAAUUUUCAUUUACGGUGCUGGCCAACCAGUAGUAGGCAGUAGUAUAAUCUACAAUCUCGUAAUCUCUUUUUAAUGGGAGAAUCAGAUGAGCCUGAUUUGUUAUGGGCCUCAUAAGUAGUUCACUGUCUAGGAUUAUCAUAGAUUUCUACUGCGCAUUUCUAUACAAUACUAUUAUUUCUUUUAA